AUACUGCUUUUGCAAAAACCAUUUGGACAGCAAUUUAAGAGGUGGACUUCAUCUCAUCUAGAUCACAGCACUUUUGCGCACAGGGACUCUUCACUCAAAGAUGAUUUUAGUCUUCAGUGUGCAGCUAUAGGCCCCGCGCUAAAAAUCAUAUCCCAGAGAAGGUGUUAUUUUCAGUUAAAGUAGGCCACAUUCCUCCAUGUAUUCAAACCCAUUUAGACUCUGGACAUAUUAAUUGCUCACAUGUAUGUAAGUUGUAAAAAAAAAAAGUGACUUUGCAAAUAGCGUUGUGUCGAUUGUGUAUGUGUGCGUGUGCGUAUGGGCACAUGGGUGUUUUCAGGUGUCUCAGUGAAUGAUGGGUUUAAUUUUGAAGGGGUUUGUGUGGUCUCACAAGAUUUGGGCUGUUUAUGUUUUAGAUAUAUCAAGAAAGGCAGACAGAGUGGGAAAAAAAUGAGUUUUGAUUUUUGUGGCUCCUUUCAUAAACUAUUAUCUUAAAAUACAGACACAGCAGUGCAUACUUUUCAAAUACACUCUGAGCCACAGCAUUAGAAAAAAAAAAAUUGACUGCAUCCUGUAACUGGAGUAGCAACAUUUAACAUGGAUUAGGUGUUCUCUGUCACACACACUGACAGAGUAAACAUCUUUAAAAGCAUCACUGUCACUGCUAACAGGUCCCCUUAACCUAACCAGAUCCAAUGUUAAUGAGCAAAUGAGAAUAACCUUACUUUAUAGUUGUAGCCCCAGAAACACAGCAGUAAGCGUAAUGACAAAUAGAACACGAGUGGGACAGUAUUAGUGCUCCUAUAGGACUCCGUUAAACGUGCCUGGAUACACUUUUAGGGAGUCACUCAGGACCUCUCAGUGUCCUGCUCAGUUUUUCUUGCACCUUUUCUUCCUCUUGCUCUCAACUCUUUUUUCACAUUCCUUCACUGCGUCUUUAUGUUCAGUUUCCCUUUUAAUAUAUUUUGCAGACAUUCGACUUCUUGGCAUGCAAAGUGUCAGGAAGCGUGGCUGAAUAUAAUAUACAACCUCUACAAUGCUGACAUGCACACAUGGUUUUAUUAGAGCUGUGGGACUGCUGUCACAGUGAUGUGUGUGUUCGCAGACAAAGUUUCUGCCCCCUCCUGCAGUCUGAGCGGGGUUGACAGGAAGUUGCGACUAACAUAUCAACUUGUGUCAUCGUACUGUCUCAUCUCCUUUUUUUUAUCUUUUCAAUCACUUGUUUCCCCCCCAUAUUUUCCCUUGCCUUUAUUACAGUUGUAGAAACAAAUCCAGUUGCCACUUCCCUGUAGUAAAUCUUGGUGAUGUCUUACAUGCUUUGGUUUCAGUGUAGAGUUGGGAAAGCACCCUGCCUGUGGGGAUCUGUGCUUGGUGUGUGUAAUAGUGGCUUAUCAUGCUAGAUAACAGCCAUAACCUCAGAGGUUUACUUUACCUCGGGUUAUUGUUUAGUCAUGAAGUAGAUUGAUAGGUGAAUUUACAUCCAGCAAGACUGUGGUUACAUUUGAUAAAUGUGGAUUGGGGGUGUGUGGGAGUACAGGACAUGAUGUGUGUCUGUAGUUGUCUGUUCGUUCAAAGAAAGUUAGGAGACUUUGUCCUUUGGUCACGCAGCGCUCUCAUCUCAGCCUGCAUGUGGCAAGACCCACCCAUCUGCAUAGACACCUCAUGACACUGUAGCUUGUAGUGUGUAUGAGAGCAUGGCUGUGGAUGAGUGUUUGUGUGCAGUCACUGAAUGAGUGCAUGUCUGUGCAGCGUUGUUAAAGGAUUAAGGAUUAAUUGCCUUCAGAGAUAGACUUAACUACUUGUUUCAUGAACUUUGUAAAGUUCUCACUUGGCCCCGGAGAGGAAAACAACACUGCAUAGAGAAGAGCAGAGGAAAGGUGAGUUGAUACAGGCGGCAGUUGAAGAAGGAGUGCCAAGAAUGACAGAGACCAACACCCCCAAGUCGGCUAAGAAGCUCCGAUGGACCUCCCUGGAGAUUGGCCUCAUUACUAUUGUCUCCCUGCUCUUCAUUGUCAUCAUUGCCCUCAUCAUCCUCUUUGCCACACAGAAGACGGAUGAAAUCUGCACCACAGCGGACUGCACACAGUCAGCGUCUCGUCUCAUUGAGAACAUGGACGCUAACGUGGACCCCUGUGACAACUUCUACCAGUAUGCCUGUGGAGGGUGGCUUAAAAAGAACAUCAUCCCUGAAACCACCUCUAGAUACAGCACCUUUGACAUCUUACGAGAUGAACUGGAGGUCAUCCUCAAAGGUGUCCUUGAAAAAACAGUGGAGGGGGAAGCUGCUGCUCUCACCAAGGCUAAGACCCUUUACAAGUCCUGUACCAAUGAGAGUUUAAUUGAGCUGAGAGGGGGGAGUCCUCUGCUUGACAUGCUGCCUGACGUGUCUGAGUGGCCUAUAGCUGUUGACAACUGGGAGACCAAUUAUGGGAGAACAUGGAGGUUGGAGGACGUUAUUGCCAAGUUGAAUGAGAAAUAUGGAACUCUGCUCUUGGUUAACUUUUUCGUCGGCACUGAUGACAGGGAUUCAACCUCGCAUAUCAUUCAUUUUGACCAGCAAACAAGCCUUGGCCUGGUGUCCAGAGAUUACUAUGCAUGCACUGGUCCUUAUGCAGAGGCAUGUCGGGCCUAUGAGCAAUUCAUGAUUGACCUGGCUAAGCUGAUGCGCAAGGACCGAGGAUUAGCGAUCAAUGAAACUCGCAUUAGAGAGGAGGUGACACGAGUUAUAGACUUGGAGAGAGACAUUGCUAAUGCUACUGAUACCCCAGAGGAUCGUAACAACCCGGUGUUGCUUUACAACAAGAUGGAACUGGGGGACCUGAACGCCAACUUCACCCUUGAGGUUGAAUCACAGCUAUUUGACUGGAGUUACUUCACAGCUAAAAUAAUGAAUACAGUCAACAUCAGCGUCCCUGACACAGAAAAGGUCAUAAACUACUCGCCCAACUAUUACAGAAGGCUCAACCUGAUCUUGGCCAAAUACACCAAGAGGGAUCUGCAGAACUACAUGGUGUGGCGUUUUGCUAUGAACAUGGUGGUGGGUCUUAGCAGAGCUUACAGAGACACCAGGAAAGCCUUCCGCAAGGCUCUGUCUGGUACGACGUCAGAGGCAGCAGUGUGGCGACAGUGUGCUCUGUACGUCAACAACAACCUGGAAAAUGCUGUGGGACGACUUUAUGUGCAGGAGGCAUUCUCUGAAAAGAGUAAAGAACUGAUGGAAGAGAUGAUUAAAGGCAUUCGGGAAGUGUUCAUUAGUAACCUUGAUGACCUGACAUGGAUGGAUGCAGAGACCAAGAAAGCAGCUGAGGAGAAGGCCCGAGCUAUUCGGGAACGGAUCGGCUAUUCAGACAACAUCAUGGAUGGCGAAUAUCUUAACAAUGAGUACAAAGAUCUGAGCUACAGUGCAGAGGAGUACUUUGAAAACAUCCUACAGAACCUGGAGUAUGUGCAGAAGAAACGCCUGCGGAAACUCAGAGUAAAAGUCAACAAAGAAGAGUGGGUAACUGGAGCUGCUGUUGUCAAUGCCUUCUACUCAUCCAGCAAAAAUCAAAUAGUGUUUCCUGCUGGAAUCCUUCAGCCUCCUUUUUUCAGCAAAGGCCAGGCUAAGUCUCUCAACUAUGGCGGCAUCGGCAUGGUAAUCGGUCAUGAGAUCACACAUGGCUUUGAUGACAAUGGCCGUAACUAUGAUAAGGAUGGCGACCUGAAGGACUGGUGGACACCAGACUCAACACAGAGGUUCCUCGAACUGUCGAAGUGCAUUGUUGAUCAGUACGGAAACUUCUCUUGGGAUCUCGCUAGUGGACUACAUUUAAAUGGUAACAACACCCUCGGAGAAAACAUUGCUGACAAUGGAGGGAUACGACAGGCGUAUCAGGCCUACAAGAACUACAUAAAGCAGCAUGGAGAGGAACCACCUCUGCCUGGAAUUGACCUUUCCCAUGAUCAACUCUUCUUCCUAAACUUUGCUCAGGUGUGGUGUGGAACACAUCGGCCAGAGCAAGCUGUUAAUUCCAUUAAAGUUGACGUACACAGUCCAGGGAAAUUCAGGGUACUAGGCUCCCUUCAGAAUUUCCCAGAAUUUGCCAAAGCAUUCAACUGCAACAAAAGCAGCUACAUGGUUCCUGACAACAUCUGCCGUGUGUGGUGAUUCACAUACCUCUGGGAUGGGUCCUCCCCAUUCCCCUACAGUACCUCUACCCUCUGAUUUUUGAAGAACUCACCGGGGGCUGCAUUAAAAUGGAAGCUUCCCUUAGCUCUUGACUGGAUGGACCAUGGCUGGUGGACUGACACUGCAGUAUGGACUUCAUCCAAGGACGGCAGCACACUGUACCCUCGUAGAUGGAUGGACUGAGCACUGUCUCUCCACCUCUGACACUGUAGUUCAUUCAUUCAGCCCAAUUAUUCUCCUACUCACUGGAUACAAUCACUUUUGUGUUUUUGUUUUUAUUUUUCUCUCAAUUUUUCUUGUUUUGCUUCUCAUUUAUGAGUCCAAUGUGUAUUUGUGAGUGCACAUGUGAGUGUGUUUCAGUCUAAAUUCUGCAAAAGUAUUUGGCAGAAGAGCAGCAGACAGACAAAUGUGCUCAGCCCACUGGCAUAUGAAUACACCAGACACCCACUCACACUCAUAUACAUGUAACAGGGCUGAACCACUCUAUUGUAUGUGGGACUGAGCUGUACUCUCAUAAAACCUCAGCUGGUUUCAGCCUUCAUCAACAUGCUGAUCCACUCUUCAGUGUACUCAUAGUGUAAUCUUUGGUCAUCCAUAAAACUAGAUUAGAUAAAUUAUUAUAGAAAAUCAAAAGUCAUUUUAUUAUAUAGAGCAGCGAGUAUUUAAUCGCGAUCGCAUAUUACACAGUGCUGUUCUAUAAUCAAUGCUAACAUCUUUACCACAGUUGGCAGGUGGCUGCUCUUCAUUAGCAGAACGUGGAUUAUAAACCAAAAUGAAGUUUUUGCCUUUAAGAUGACACCUGGUCAUAAGUCCUAAAGACGACAAUCGACAGACACCAAACCCUUUUCGUUCUUCGAGACUCCUGAGUGUUUCCGUGUGAAUGAAUGUCUCUGUGUCUUUUCCAGUCUUUGUACGUCAUUUGUUAUAACUGCCUGCUGUUUGUCAAGCAGAUUGGUAUGCCUUACAGUUGUGCUACUCUGUGUGAGUGUGUAUGUGCAUUUGUGGGAGAACAAAGGAUAAGAAAAUGUAUUAUUAAACAAGUAGCUCGGCUUUUUCUCAUGCUCAUUUGCUUUCUCGUUAAGAAUUGGAUGAGAAAAUCAACACCACUCUCACGUCUCAGUGUUUUAGCCAGCUGCCAUAUGACUUAACUUAGCAUAACGAGUGCAAAAAGCUGUCCGUGGUCUGUCCAGUUUAUAUAAUAACCCCGGCUUGAUUUCAGUAAUUGCCACAUUGCGUUUCAUGUUUUUAUCAGUACGAAAAGCCAAAGUCAAAAAAGAAUCUGAUUUUUAAUAAACUCAUGUGAGCGUAUUAUUAAUCUUCCAAACUUUUGAUAAGACAUUGAAUAAGUGUGUUCAUAAAAUGUUUAACUAUUGAGAAGAAGCAUAGUGAUUUCCCAUUUUUAUCUUGGCUUAAUCUUACAAAGUGUGCCAUAUAGCCAAUGUUUUCUGUUUUUGUUUUAAGGUGAUUAUAAGCACAAAGCAAAAAGAUUAAGCUUCUUAUAUAGUUUCAGAAACAUUAAAAAAAAUCACAAGUGCAUCCAUUUUUUGAAUACAGGUGAUUGUAUUGAAUCAGUAGAAUUUAAUUAACCAUUUCAUGUGGUUUUAUUUUUUAAUGAUAAAAUGUAAGUUGAAAAAGCUAGAAAUUAGUGCAAUGAAUGAUGUCCAUGAUCAUGUAGACCACAGACUGUAUACACCUUACAUGUCCAAACUAUAUAUAUAUAUAUAUAUUCAAGCUCCCAGGCCUUUGGUAGAGCACUACAGCUUGAAAGCUAAACUGCCUGCAGGGGCGAGCGGGAGAUAUAUGUAUCGAUAUCUAUAUAGAUAUAUCUAUAUAUAUCUAUAUCUAUAUACAUCUAUAUAUAGACAGAUAUUCACAAUGCUAUUUGUGCUAGCUGUUUUUGUGUCUAUAUUGGUCACUCGGUUUUCUUUCUCUCACUUUCAGUCCACUUGUAGAAAGACAGAAAUACCUCAGUUGCCUGUAUUUAGAUACUUUCUAAGAAUGACUGAUUAUCAUCUUGAGAAGCAUCUUUCUUUCAGAAUAAACCUUUAAAAAACACA